GAGAUCAUGACUUCUGUCAAAGAGCAGGAAGCCAUCAGGAAGCUCAUGGUUUUCUUGCAGGAAUGGGAUAGUGCCCACAAAGUUGCCCGAAGCCGCAUCCUGGACAACUUCAUUAAAAGCAAUGACGGCAAGACAGAACCAGAGCUGGAGCUGGAGUUCUCCCAGGGAGCCAGCUUGUUUCUGGCUCGCCUAACAGCAUGGCUCAGGAUGACCUACACGUACAGCACGUGCCUCAACAGGCUGCUCAAGUCCGUUGGCAUCUUCUUAUCUGCUGCAAGUGGACGCAGAUACCUUACUGAAUUUCUGGAGAUCGGAGGUGUCUCGAUUCUCCUGGAAGUACUAGGGCUGAACCACCUGAAAGAGGAGGACAAAAGGGAGUCUGUAAAGCUGCUGCAGCUCGUCGCAGACGCUGGCAGGAAGUAUAAGGAGCUCAUUUGUGAAAGCUACGGGGUGCGAUCCCUCGCCGAGUUCUUGGCCACUUCCAAGUCAGCAGAGGCUCAAGAAGACGCCCAGGUUCUGCUGGACUCGUUGGGCCGCGGCAAUCCCAAGUACCAGAACCAAGUCUAUAAAGGUCUCAUUGCUGUGCUGCCGUGUGCCUCCCCCCGUGCCCAGCAGCUGGCUCUGCAGACCCUCAGGGUCCUGCAGGACGUGGUGGGAGAGGCCCCCUCCGUCCUCGUGGAGCCCGUGCUGGGUGUGCUGUGCUCGGUGCACCUGGAGGUCCUGUACGAAGCCAUCCAGCUGCUGAAGGCCCUGAUGGCCCACGAGGUCCGGUCGGCCCUGCUGAAGGGCCUGGUUGCGUUACUGACGCCACCCAGGAAGAAAGCAUUUACCUUCUGCAACAAGACCGCCAAAGAUCCAACCGCACUUUGCCUGAGGGAGCCCGUGCUGGUGUAUAUUCAGCAGGCAGCUGCCGCAAAAGUCAUUGGCGUAUUAGCCAAGGAGUCAGCAGAAGUGGCUGAAGAGCUGAUCCAGCUGAAAGUGGUACAUGGCCUGAUGGUUGCUGUGGGGAACCUGGAUUAUGUGGCCAGCCAGAGACAUGCCAGCAUCUCCCUGGAGGACAGUCCUGAGACCUGGUACACAAAAAUGGAUCCAGUCCAGGCUGAAGAACUGGCCUCCAAUACAGUAGACAUCCCCAGAGACAUAGCAAGGAUGCAGUCCACAGGCAAGUUCCACCCAGCAGGAUCUCAAAAUUGA